AUAAAUAAAUAAUGAUAAUACAAUAUCGAACCUCACAAUAGCUGAAGGAGGUCUUUUCUCUUAUGGACCAACCAUGGGGGUUGCCCGAACAAACUCACCCACAACGGUGACUCACAUAGCCUUAGAAGACGUGGCUAAGACUCUGCACGACGUCCGACACGAUGUGUGUCUAGUGACGUCUCUAGAGAAGGAGGACCACAGGACGCAAGACCAACCGCCCGAGACUCCAGAAGAAGAUAGUGCUUCUUUCAAGCGCCGAAGGGAGCUGAAGACAAAGCUUCGGGCCCUCAUAUCCGACAAAAACGGAUGUACAGAAGACAAGGAAGUUGCCGAUGCCGUCAAGAAACUCUCCGAGCUGAACCCUCACCCAGUAAACUGUGCUCGGUUCGAACUGUUUCCUGGCGAGUAUUUCACGCGAAGCUCUCCAAAUUUUCCAGGAAGAAUCAAACCCUCAAUUGGCCAAGAAGACAUUGUUCAAUACACUCUUGGUAGGUUGUCGUUCAAUAUAUUUCAACCGAACGAACUUUUGUGUACGGUGAAAUCUAUACGAAAUCCGGUCCAUCCACAGUAUUAUGAGCACGAUGAAACAGCUGCUACGUUUAGCUAUCAUUUUGUUUUGGAACUCACGAUCCAUGCACCCGAAGGUGACUUGGAUGCAACCCUCAUCAACAGAGCAACUUGUCGAGAAGACGAAAAGAGGAACAAUCGCAUGAUUGUAACGUUUCAAGGGAGCACCCUCAUCCCGGGAAACCAUAGCACGGUGGACCAUGCUUCCACACUUGUGCUGUGGGAGAAAACCUUCGCAAACGCCUAUAAGAAGGCCGACGAGCAGCGCUCGUACUUUGGUUGGGUAUAUCAAUACUUCCUCAAGCUGAUUCUCGGAUUGUCGCUGCCGUCCGAUUCGAGAACACGCUUCGACAGCUCCUUCCACUUCGAUAUGAAGCGUCCACCCAAGGGCUUUUUUGAUGUCUUGUACCUAGACGAGGACAUGCGCAUCACUAGGGGCAAUCGUGGCACCAUUAGUGUAGUGGAGCGCGCCUCACCGAUUGGUUUUUCACCCUAGUUUCGAUGGUCUUGCUCCAAGCAACGAAAUCCAUUUUUGACCCCAACCACAACUUUUGUUCCUCCAACAACAUACCAAGCACACUGCAGCGAGAGACUAAAAAGGUUACACCAGCCACGAGGGAGUGGCCCUUUGUACAUAACUGCUCCGACUGCAUUCCUCUCCUUUGCCGGAAAUGAAUCUCUCGUUCGACACAAUGCGGGAAUAUUGUACAUACCGCUCAAGCCACUAAAAGAACCGAACGCCCGACAGAUCUUUCGCAUCACCAUUGUUUUUGAUCAAACUGCACAGUCCCUACCUCGCGAUCAAAUUCUUCCCAAGGGGAAGCUCGCAACAACUAGACCUUUGUACAUAGUGUAUAUACAGACAGAAUGAGGUUGCAGGCCUUCCAGCGAAAGACAGUACCACCGGAGCAGGUUCCCAACACAUCACUGCUACAUGAAUGACUACAACUAACUUUAACAAUAAUAUUGCAUCACUAAC